GAGAAGACGUGGCGGGCGUUGUGGGCGGAGCGUGGGGAGGGAGGCCGACUAGCGCCGACGGAGGGGAGAGAAUGGGGGAGGGGUAGGAUGGGGGCAGGGGCAGGGACGGGCAGAGGGCAGAGGGCAGAGGGCAGAGGGCGGGGCGGCGCCGGAGCGGGCGUCAUGGCGCGGCUCCUCUGGUUGCUCCGAGGCCUGACCCUUGGAGCUGCGCCUCGGCGGGCGGUGCGGGGCCGAGCGGGCGGCGGCGAACCCUGCACUGGGCCGGUACUGGGGGAGGCAGGGUCUCUUGCAACGUGUGAGCUGCCUCUUGCCGAGAGUGAGUGGCAAAAGAAACUAACCCCAGAGCAGUUCUACGUCACGAGAGAAAAGGGAACGGAACCGCCUUUCAGUGGGAUCUACCUGAAUAACAAGGAAGCAGGAAUGUAUCAUUGCGUGUGCUGCGAUAGUCCACUCUUCAGUUCUGAGAAAAAGUACUGCUCCGGAACUGGGUGGCCUUCGUUUUCUGAGGCCCAUGGUACGUCUGGCUCUGAUGAAAGCCACACAGGGAUCCUGAGACGUCUGGACACCUCAUUAGGAUCAGCUCGCACAGAGGUCGUCUGCAAGCAGUGUGAAGCUCAUCUAGGUCACGUGUUUCCUGAUGGACCUGGGCCCAAUGGUCAGAGGUUUUGCAUCAACAGUGUGGCUCUGAAGUUCAAACCAAGGAAACACUGACCAUCUUCAAGAGUCCUGUUCCCUUGCCACCCCUUCAUGUGCACCCUCAAUUUCCGUAAUUCACUUGAAUGACUUGCUUUGUUUGCAAUAAAACUGGCCUGAGUUUGCUGCUGUC